UUCUAGGGAAACAAAAAGUGGUUGUUUAAAAAAUUUCGGUUUGUAAACACAUUUCUUUCGCUUUUCAUAGGGGUGUGAGAGAGAGAAGAAGAGAAAUUAUGAAGCUCCUUCAAGAACCUCUCCUUCUCAGCCUUUCAAGACACUUUUUUUAUGUGACAUGUUUCUUGUGGAGGAAGGCAGUUCUUUUUCUGAGUAAAAUUAUGGCGACAGAUUCGGUUAUCAAGCUAAAUCCAAUCUCCAUUGAUCGUGCCCGCUUCAACCUCCGAGAUUUUAUCGGCAUAAGCCCUAAAAGCAUCUCUUCUUUGUGCUGCAUUAGCCCAAGAUUGAUAUCUCGCAACCACUUUAGCCCGAGGACACUGAUCUCAGGCGAGGAUGGUAACAUAUUGUUUCCCAAGAAAAAAAACACGGCCAUAACCAAAUGUCAGACAAGUCUUGGGAUUGGAAGGAACCAAAAAUGGUGGGAGAAGGAACUGAAACCGAACAUGAAGUCGGUGACAUCACCGGAAGAUCUAGUCGGCUCUUUACUUAACGCCGGCGAUAAACUAGUCGUCGUGGAUUUCUUCUCUCCCGGUUGUGGUGGCUGCAAAGCUCUUCAUCCCAAGAUAUGUAAAAUUGCAGAGAAGAAUCCGGAAGUGGAGUUUCUACAAGUGAAUUACGAAGAACAAAGAAGUCUAUGCCAAAGUCUUCACGUUCAUGUUCUUCCCUUCUUCCGCUUCUACCGUGGCUCCUCAGGCCGCGUUUGCAGCUUCAGUUGUACUAAUGCCACGAUAAAGAAAUUCAAGGAUGCGUUGGAGAAGCAUGGGAGGGAACAAUGUAGCAUCGGCAAGGCGAAGGUGCUUGAAGAGAAAGAAUUAGUGGCCAUGGCUACAAAUAAGGACCUGUCUUUUGAUUAUAAGCCCAAAACUAAUGGAGAAAACCCGAGGGGAAAAAGAAACGGAUAUGUUUCUCACAAUAUCUCCAACCUCAAAAGAUCAAAAUGAAGAACCUUCUCUAUUAAUCAUCCCUGCAGGAAUUGUCUAGACAUUUGUUUUUCUUAUAUAUCGAUUGCUGUUUUUUUUUCGGGUGUAAUUGCUGUCUGAUUUGCCUGAGAGAUUAUUACAAUCUAGAGUAUACUAUAAUGUAGGUCCAUCUGGAAUAUAAGUGUGUUAAUAUGUAUGUAACAUUGAUUCAUGUAGUCUCACCAUCAAUAGUAUACUAUCUGUCUUAUAGUGAUGUAACACAUGUCCAAUUUUGUACUCGUCGAAAUAAACGAAAUUGUCCGAUUUGGUUGUGAUU